AUGGCAGUGAAUGUGUACUCCACUUCGGUGACCAGCGAUAAUUUGAGCCGACAUGACAUGCUGGCAUGGAUCAACGAGUCUCUGCAGCUGACGCUGACCAAGAUCGAACAGCUGUGCUCAGGUGCUGCGUACUGUCAGUUUAUGGACAUGCUCUUCCCAGGUUCUGUAGCGCUCAAGAAAGUGAAGUUUCAAGCGAAAUUGGAACACGAGUACAUUCAAAACUUCAAGGUUCUACAAGCAGGUUUUAAACGAAUGGGUGUUGACAAAAUAAUUCCUGUGGACAAACUAGUGAAAGGAAAAUUUCAGGACAACUUUGAAUUUGUUCAGUGGUUCAAAAAAUUUUUUGAUGCAAACUAUGAUGGGAAGGAGUAUGACCCUGUUGCUGCUCGACAAGGCCAGGAGACGGUAGCACCGAACCUUGUUGCUCCAGUUAUGAACAAACCCAAGAAAUCUCUCAGUUCUGGCAGUGCAGCCCCACAGAGGCCCAUUGUUACGCAGAGGACCGCAGCAACUCCGAAAGCUGGCAGUGGAAUGGUCAAAAAGGCUGGAGGAGACGAUGAGUCGGCAGGAUUGAUCGAGCAGAUCAACGUGUUGAAACUUACUGUUGAAGAUCUGGAGAAGGAGAGAGACUUCUACUUCGGCAAAUUGAGGAACAUUGAACUGAUCUGCCAGGAGAACGAAGGGGAGAAUGAUCCAGUGUUGCAGAGGAUUGUGGAAAUUCUUUAUGCCACAGAUGAAGGCUUUGUGAUACCUGACGAAGGAGCACUGCAGGAGGAACAAGAAGAGUAUUAACAGACCACAUACUGUACCAGCAGAGCAGCAACAUCAGAAUUCUUUGCCCCAGAUCAUGUGCUUAACUGUAAAAUACUCCACUUUAUUCUUAGAGGACUCACUGGUUUCUUUUCAUAAGCAAAAAAGUACCUCUUCUUAAAGUGCACUUUGCGGAAGUUUCACUUUUUACAGUGGGUUUGAGUCCGGAGCUCUUUCUCACUUUGUAGCAGAGCAGUAUUCACAUCGAGGUGGUAUAUUUAGGGAGCAAGAGGCUGAAUAUUUGGAGCUUGUUGCAGAAUGGUUUGCUGGUAAAACACUGGUUUGUGGGAAGACUCUUUUUGUGUCGGAGGUGGUGUGUAGUAGAGAAGUUAAAGACUCUGACUCACAGGAAGAUUGAGUUAAUGUGAAAUUGCAGCACAGAAAUUAUAAUAAAAUGCCUUAAGAGUAUUUAAAAUAUGCUUCCAUAUGCCAAAUUGAAGUAAUGUGACAGGAGAUUUUAUGUGCUUCAUAUUGGGGUAGAUGCUUGUUGAACUCCAUUCACUGCUGUCUGCGAGGCUUGCGUGGCAACCUCCCUGUGUCAGCGAGUGCUCAAAAGGGCUCUUAAAACAAAACUCCAUUCCUGUGAAAAGCUGCUUAUUAAGUGAUCAGUUCUUGAUGAAAUGGGCCUUAACAUUGCCUGUCACAAGAUUAGAGGGAGUAUGAACAGCUGAGACACAUAAAUUACCUUGAAGAGUGCUAAAGCCUUUUUCUAUGGCGAUGUGGCUAAUGACUUUGCCAAAAUGUACUGUGUUUUCUGUAAGAAAAACAAAAAACCAAAACGACAACACAAAGCAAAGGGCAUCCAGCCUUACUGCCUAAAAUGUUCUUCAGAAGUAGUUCUCCUUCCUGGCUCUUGUUCCUAUUUAUCCUGUUUCUUUUUAUUUUUGUUGGUAUACUUUUUGGUCUCUGGCUUGUUCUUUUCUCUUUCCCAUCCCAAGGAAUGCUGAUCAAAUCCAAUAGUUGUAACAGGACUUGCACUGUGCAGCUAUCUUGGAAUGAAAGUGAAUUGAGCACGUGAGGAUGAGUUUCUCUUUUUCCUUUUCUUUUUUUUCCCACUUUCUUUCAAACCAGGGCAUAUCUAAUAAUAAUACUUGCCAGUUCAGUAGUCUUCUGGGGUAAAAACUAAAAGAUGCUGGCUAACAGAGCUAAUGUUAUUGCAGAAAAUACAGUACUGAGACUAACUUAAAUAUUAAUAUUUAAAAUACUUUCCUUAACUGUCCUUUUUUGCUAUCAUGCCCCUCAUUACUGUUGUGUUUGGCAAGAUCCUGCAAGACUUCUGAUUCUCCCCCCCCCACUACUGAGAUUGAUCGGUCCUGUUGUGCUUGUACUCAUUUGUUUCUGGUGGUAGCUUGUCCUAAAAUGUGUGUAGAAGAGCAUUUUAUGGUAAUUGUUGUGUAGUGCAUGAAUCUUUGUGAAAUUCAGAGAAAAACCCAAAUUCAGUGAAUGCCAAAAAUGCAAGUAUCUAGCCAUUGUUUAAAAUUGCAGUGGUGCUAUUUCUCUUGUGGCCUUCUAGACUUUUGUUGCCCUAAAAACUCCAUUUUACUGAGAAAACCAUAUUUGACUUGGAUUUUUCUUGACAGGGUUUUUCUAUUUUAAGCAGUUUCUAAAUAAAGUUCUGCAUUUCAAGAG